UCUCUAUACUUAUUUAAUGCAAAUAUUUCUUUGUUCUAGUCAUUGAUAGUAGAUCAAACAAGUGACUCAACAUUUUGCAGUGUAUUAUUAAGUUGCUGUUGGAAAUUGUUAUACGAAAGUCGUAACAUAAUGAAGAUCUUUGUGACGAUCGCUGUGUUAUCACUAACUGCCUUGGUUGCAGCUGAACCACCUGCACCUCGCAACGGUUUUACGGCACCAUCGAGUAAUUAUCUGCCUCCAAACCAAUCUUUCAAUGGGAAUAACGGUUACAACUAUAACUCAAACGACAAUGGCUACAACUAUCCCUCGUCAUCCAACGGAGGAAACUAUGCUGCACCAUCACAGCAGUACGCAUCCCCAUCAGGAAGCGACGGGAAUGGGGGAUACAACUACGAAGACGCUAACGCCCAGCCAGCCAAAUAUUCAUUCGAGUACAACGUUCAGGACUUCCCCUCCGGCAAUGAUUUCGGACACAUGGAAUCUCGCGAUGGAGAUCGAACCGUCGGACGAUACUAUGUAUUGCUUCCCGACGGUCGUAAGCAAGUUGUAAACUACGAAGCUGAUCAGAAUGGAUACCGCCCGACGAUAACGUAUGAAGAUGUUGGUACUGGCGAUGGAGCUAAUGCGAAUAAUGGAGGUUUUGGUGGUAAUAGUCAGUUCAACGGAUACCAAUAA